AUGAAUACCCUCACCAUUCUCGUUCUUCUCUCCCUGACAAUCACUGCGGCCUGUUCCACUUUCAACUCGGAGAAGCCACUCAUGCCGGAGAAUCAGAAGUCCGAUAAUCAAGCAUUCCUCUUCGCAAGCAUCUUUGAUGACAUUCAAGGAGCCCAGAACGCCAAGAAGUCUCGUUCCCGCCGUCUCAGCUGUGGAUUCAAACUUCUGCAAAAGAUCGCGGGAUACUGUGGAGAAUUGAACAGUGAGACUGAGGUGGAUAUUGCUUCUAUCUGCUGUCGUUCGGAGUGCUCAGAAGAGUUCAUCAAGAGAAGCGUCUGUCCAGAAAUGCUCUAG